CAGGAUCCAGCCCCACGGUGCUGCACAGGGAGCUCACCUGUUCUGCCCUUGGGCCAGGCAGGCUGCUCUGCCCGGUUUCUAGUGAAUAAUGCAACAUUCUGCAUGCCAGGAGCUUGGGUGGGGGGUAAAAUGCUUUAUAUUGUGACAGGCUGGAAGUCACGAUGCCCUGUGAGACCAGGUUGUCUGCUCUCAUGACUGCCUCACACAAGGCAGUGGCACUUCUGUGCCAAAAGAGAUGGAAAUCAAACAAUUCCGUGGCUGUGGCUGGUGCGAAGAACCCUUGUGGUGUGCUCUGAGCAGUGGGAUUGGCUUGGGUUUUCCUGGUCUUUCACUUGGCAGUGAUUACAGGAUCUGCUGUGCCCCCCAUUUUGGGGGGGGGACACAAACUACCUGCGGGCAGAGCUGUCUCCUGUCCCUGGUGAAUUAGCCCUGCCUGGCUGACGGGCUCCUAAAACACUUCUUUUGUUUGCCAAUUCCAUCCUCCGCUCAGACUAUCUCAUGAUUGUCCCACUUUCCAGGGUUGGGGUUUAUUUUUACCUCUUUCUACCUGCUCCCCAAUUACUCUGCUCAGUUUCAGCCCCAAACGACAGGGCUGUCAGGGAGUGACUCAUGAGCAGAGGCUGAGCUGAAAGGUGCAAUUCAGGAGGCUCAUUUGUCCCAUUUGUGGGGAAUUUAGUGCUGCCAAGAGCCCGGCAGGGAUCAUUGAUUUAGCUCUUCCGAUGGACUAAACCCCAGCACUCACUGCUGAGCUGCUGGAGCACCUCUCCAGGGAAAAAGCUGUGGCCAGGCCAGAUAUUUGGUGGGGUCUCUUCCCAGUUUCCAGUGAUGGAUGGGAAACUGCUCCUUGGAGACUGGAUCCCGGGAGAACUCGAGUGAUUUCCUACUGAAAGCUUUGAAAACAGGGACUUGCUUCCAAGGUAAGGCAGCUAAAAUCUUAUUGCUUGCCAGGCUUCUCAAUAAAGGGGUGGCAUAAGUGUGCCUGGGCGUGGAAAUCUUACUUUAACCUGAUUUCACGGAGCAGUUGGCUGAGAUUUUAGUUUAGAUUUAAAACAGCCUGUGACACAUCAAAUAAAUAAAAAAAAUACUUAGAAGCUUAAACAUUGUCUAAGCAUGAAGUAAAAAAAAAAUAAAAUUAUAAUGACGAGGAACAGGUAAGCAGCCUUGGCUCUAAUGAUGCAGGGUGGAAAUUAUAUAUAAAUAUACUUAUAUAUAUAUAAAAAUACAGAGCCAUAACCAACUUGCUGUGGAUGCCUCACCUGCUGUUUGCAUCUCGUGAUUUACAUCUACAAUUUGGCUUUGGAGUGAAAUGUUUUCUAUCUUCUAAAUGUUUUCUCUUCCCAGCUCAGGUGGAUGAGUAAUCUGCAGCUAAGUCGGGUGUUUAUUCCAGUCAUCCUGCUGAUAGCCUCGUUCUCCAGCAUUUGAAGUUUGCCAUCUUUUAAAAAGAAAUACCUCUUCUGAAAAGAAAUACCUACAAACUAUUUUCUUUGGCCCCAGCUCAGACUACGCAGAUAAAUGACUCUGAGGGGAGGAUAAGCAGUUUAAGCCCAUGGAGAGGGAGAUGUGUGUGCAGCUCUGAGACUGGCACAUCUGCCUGGGAUUGCCCAAUUCAAAACGAGAAAUUUACUUCUCAAGCUCCUUUCUCCCUGCUGAAAGCCUACUGGGAUAUUUGGGCUUAUUGGGAGAUGAACCACUCUGAGCCUCAGAGCAUUCUGUGAGGGUACUCCACACAUAGAAAUGAAGACGUCAAGAUGACAAAUCCAGCGGGUUGUGCACAGGGGUGAAGCAGUGCUGGGAUUUCUUCCACGUGCCCAACGUGAAAAUAACGGCAUCCCUUCACCAUGGCUUGGAACUGCUGCUCUAACGAGGGAAAACUGAAUUUCUCUACCCACAGGUACAGGAUGGUCCUGGCCAGGCUGUGAGAUGUUAUGCUGUGUGUCUGUCUGUGGAGGCCGUGUCUGGGAUUCCAGCAGGGAAUGAGCCCCCUGUGUUUGGGAAUCCACUGUGGGUUGGGGCAGGUUUGCACUCAGGGAGCCUCCCACGUUAUUCCUGUGCAGAUCUUCUCUGGUGUAUUAAAUGAAGAAGGGAGGCCUUGCUCUUAUCAAGUUGCCACGUGGAAGCAAAUUACUGUCGUUCAUCAUCUUGUAACAAUUAGUGUGAUAAGGGACAGCCCUGUCAUGGCAUGACCAAGAACUUGUGCCUCAGAGCAUCAGAGACCCCUGGAAAAGCCAAACUCCAGCAGGGCACGUUGGAACACAAGGGGGAGAAUGGACUCAAACUCUUCACGGGAUUGGCCUCACUUGGAUUUGCCGAAUUACAACGGGACGUACAAGUACCUUUACUUGGAAGGAAAUGUCUCCUACGUGGACUUCUACCUCCACCAGCCUUGGGUGGCUGCUGUCUUCAUCACCUCCUACCUCCUCAUCUUCCUCCUCUGCAUGGUGGGCAACGGGGGGGUUUGUUUCAUCGUCCUGUGGAGCAAGCACAUGCGCACGGUCACCAACCUGUUCAUCCUGAACCUGGCCGUCAGUGACUUGCUGGUGGGGCUCUUCUGCAUGCCCACCACCCUCCUGGACAACAUCAUUGCAGGGUGGCCCUUUGGGAGCCUGGUGUGCAAGAUGAAUGGGAUGGUCCAAGGCAUCUCUGUUUCUGCCUCUGUCUUCACUCUGGUUGCUAUUGCCAUGGACAGGUUCCGGUGCAUCGUGCAUCCCUUCAAGCAGAAGCUGACCGUCCCCGCCGCCGUGGCCACCAUCGCGGUCAUCUGGGCGCUGGCCGUGGCCAUCAUGUGUCCCUCGGCCGUGCUGCUGCAGGUGCGGGAGGAGAAGCGCUUCCGGCUGCUCCUGGGCGCGGGCAACGCCACGCGCCCGGUGUUCUGGUGCCGGGAGGAAUGGCCGGAGCCGGCCAUGAGGAAGAUCUACACCACGGUUCUCUUUGCCAACAUCUACCUGGCUCCGCUGUCGCUCAUCGUGCUCAUGUACGCCAGGAUCGGCCUCUCCCUCUCCCACGCCGCCGCGCCUGGGGCGGGGAAGCGCGGCCGGGAGCAGCGGCACGGCGCGUGGAAGAGGAAGCGCAAAGCCAUCCAGAUGCUCGUCCUCGUCACCUUGCUUUUCGCCCUGUCCUGGCUUCCCCUGUGGACCCUGAUGCUGCUGUCGGACUACGCCAGCCUGUCGGACCUCCAGCUGCAGCUGAUCAACAUCUACAUCUAUCCCUUGGCCCACUGGCUGGCCUUCUUCAACAGCAGCGUCAACCCCAUCAUCUACGGCUUCUGCAACGAGAACUUCCGCCGGGGCUUCCAGGCCGUGCUCAAGCUCCAGCUCUGCUCCAGCGCGGCCACUUCCCAGGCAGCCUCAGGCGCCGCCGUCCUGCCCGCUGCCCCCUGCCAGCUGCCCCAGCAUCCCGCUCCCCAGACAGCUAAGAGAGGAAACUGGGUGAAUAAGGAGCAGGAUUUGCUCAUGGAGGAGCUCAAGGGCAAUGGGACGGAGUGAAAGGCGCUCUGACUCUGCCGAUCUCUCGGAGCAGCUGGAACAGGGCUGCUUGAACCCUGUUUGUGGUCACAUUUCAUUCCUGUGAGGAAUCCCUUGUCCCAUAACAUGCUGGCACGGUCUGGCGCCCAGCAGUCCCUGGACUUUCUCAUGGUUGUGCUUCUCAGACAUUGUGAACACUGGGUCCUGCUCCAACGACAAAAUUUAACCUUUUCCCUCACCUUCCAUUUAUUCCCCUUUGUUGCAGUUAUUUCUGUCCCGUCCAUUGUUGUUGCAGCUAGAGAAACAAGGGGAAAUGGGAAUUUGAGAAAUAAAGGAAAAAAAAAUGGGUUUGCGCGGUGUGUUUUUUGGGGAGCUCGAUUUUGCAGGGGGUAGGAGUCACCCAAAGAGGCUGAAAUUUCACUAUGAGCAGGAGAGAAAACACUUGAGAGCCCUUUGGAUCAGGCAAACCUCAGCAGGGACAAGAGUGACACCGGAGGAAUGGUGAGGAAUGGGAUUUGUGCAAGGACCAGCACAGGACCACAGAGCACUAUGGCUUAUUCUGUAAGGCCCUACAGGAGCCAAAGCCCAGGUAAAGCCAUUCCCCAGGGCAGUCCUCCCUCAGAUAAAUAGGAGUGACUUCCACAUUGUGACAUUCCCUGCUGUUCACUGUCUCAGUGAUCAUUCUCUUCCCGACACAUUACCUAAAUUUUACCCUCAAACCUUUGCUUCCAUGUGCGCUACUCAGUUCACCUCAAAAUGUUCAUUUUCCACAC